CAUAGUAUCUGCCUUGACCGCGGGGGGUCAACCACGAGUUUCAUCCCAGUCGACAGAACUGAGUAUUCUGUGUGAGCAGAUACUUUAUCGUCCUUCUCAAUUCUCUGUGGAAAGAAAUAUCAAUUCGUAACGUAACCUUCAUCAACGUCAGAGAAUAUGGAAGCCGCGAUAGAUCGACAUCUUGAAUCGAUCGUCGAAUCUUCGCUACAGUUACAGCACACACAGCCCGAGAACAUUAAUUGCAAUGUGGAGGUUUACGUUCUAAUGUGGCAGUUUGCUGUGCUCCUGGCGACAGUCUCCGCAGUAGCUCUGUCGGGGAUUAACCCCGACAUUAAGAAGCAACAAAUUCAAGACGAAGAAUUGCAGGCACAGAAAUACUUAGAUUAUGUGGAAAACGAAUUCAAUAGACGAGCCAACAGAGCGUCACUGGUUAGGUGGGCGUAUGCAUCUAAUAUAACAGAUGCGAAUCUUAAGAACCAGUUAGCUGUUAUGGAAGAAGAUGCCAAGUUCGUGAAAAAGAAAUGGAAGGAUACAAUCAAAUAUCCUUGGACUACAUUCAAGGACUACGAUAUUCGACGAAAGUUUAAGAAGCACUCAGUACUUGGCUACGCUGCUCUAGAAGGACCUAAACUUGGAAAGUAUAUGCAACUGGUGUCUGACAUGUCCUCCAUCUACAGCAAGGCGAAGAUCUGUGACUACAAGAACCCCAAGAAAUGUGAUCUCAGUCUGGAACCAGAUCUGGUGGAGAUCCUGAGGACGAGCAGGGACCCCGAAGAGUUGAAACACGUAUGGGUGGAAUGGCGGAAGGCGUCGGGCGAGAAGUGCCGGGGGAUGUUCGAGCACUACGUAGCUCUCAGCAACGAAGCGGCGACCCUCAACAACUUCACUGACACCGCCGAGUACUGGCUUAAGGAUUACGAAUCUCCUGACUUCAGAGACCAAGUGUCGCGUCUUUGGGACCAGGUGCAGCCUCUGUACCUCCAGAUACACGCGUAUGUGAGGAGGAAACUGCGAGAAACUUACGGCGAGAAACUCGUCACUCGUCGUGGACCCAUACCAGCACAUCUUCUAGGUAAUAUAUGGACUCAGUUAUGGGGUAACAUUCAGAGCAUUUCUGCACCAUAUCCGGACAAAUCUACCAUCGACGUAACUUCAACCAUGGUUAAACAGGGUUACACUCCUCUGAAGAUGUUUAAACUCGCGGAGGAAUUCUUCAUAUCUCUCAAUCUUAGUGCGAUGCCAGAAACAUUCUGGGAGAGAUCCAUUUUGGAGAAACCAAUGGACAGAGACUUAAUCUGCCACGCCUCGGCCUGGGACUUUCAUGAUGGCAAAGACUUCAGGAUCAAACAAUGCACCAGGAUUGUCACGGACGAUCUUUUCACUGCCCACCACGAAAUGGGGCACGUGCAGUAUUUCAUCCAGUACAAAGAUCAACCAGUGGCUUACAAAGACGGAGCUAAUCCAGGGUUUCACGAAGCUGUUGGAGAUGUGAUAGCGCUGUCCGUUUUAACACCCAAACACCUGCGAGAGAUCGGGUUGCUGGAAGGCGAUGCAUCAACUGGUGAAGAUUACGAGGCUACCAUUAAUUAUCUGUAUCUGCAGGGACUGCAGAAAAUAGUAUUCAUUCCUUUUGCGUAUCUGAUGGACUUGUGGAGAUGGGACGUCUUCAAGGGACACAUUACCAGCAAGAACUACAACUGUGAGUGGUGGAAACUCAGGCACAAGUAUCAAGGAAUUGAUCCUCCAGUGGACAGAACGGAGGAAGAUUUUGAUCCAGGUGCAAAGUUCCACAUAAUAGCCAACGUUCCAUACAUCAGAUACUUUGUAAGCUUCGUCAUCCAAUUCCAGUUUCACAGAAGUCUGUGCAAAAAAGCUGGUCAGUUUGACCCCAAUAAUCCGAAGAAACCACUUCAUGAAUGUGACAUCUAUCGAAGUACUGAGGCCGGAAAUCUUCUACGAGAAAUGUUGCAGAUGGGUUCAUCAAAACCUUGGCCGGAUGCAAUGGAAGUUUUGUCGGGGCAAAGAGAGAUGGACGCCAGUGGAAUGCUGGAAUAUUUCAAACCCCUCACAGAAUGGCUGGAAAAGAAUAACAAGCAGUUUGGAGAACAUAUUGGCUGGGAGCCAAGUCAUAAACUUUGUACCAAAACAAGAUCGGAACUGUCCACCCUCAGGGUCAAGGAUUAGUUGGAAGAAGAUACAUCCGGCGGGGUUGAUCACAAACAGCAGGACUAAGCUCGAACAUCGAUUAUUGUCUUUUACUGGGUCUGUGAAAUUUAAAAAUAUAAGAAUAAACAAUGUGUAAAUGUAUGGCCUAAAUAGUAAAAGGAAGGAAAGAUUA